AUUUCAUUUGAAUAACAAAAAUAUCUUCAAAUGAGCAUACAAGCAUUAAGGACCGCGGCUUUUAAGGCUGCUGGGGCGUUUAAUUUGUCCAAGUCCCUGAUCGGUAGUCGGGGGAUCUCAACUGCACAUAGAAACUUGAGCAAAGCGUACGAUGCUGAUGGCAAAACAAAAGUAACAAUAUUCAACACCGACACGGACGUAGGCCUCAUGAUUACAGGAUACAGUCAAUAUGGAUUUCGACUUAACAACAAUAUGGUCUUGUUAGGCCCCAUCACUGUUUUCCCCAGAUCCGUUCUCUCGUGGAACGUCAACUCCUUUGAAGAUAUCAAUGAAGAAAGUCUCUCAAUCUUUCCCACACUGGAGCCAAAGAUCGAUGUUCUCAUUAUUGGCAUCGGAGACCAGAGUCCAACGCCAACUCUCUCAAAGCGAAUUAUAGCGUACAUGAAAAAAUACAAGACCAACGUCGAGGUUUUGCGGACAGAACAGGCCUGUGCAACGUUUAAUUUCUUGAACGCCGAGGGUCGAAUGGUGGCCUGUGCCUUAAUACCACCUUUACAUCUGUCCUACAAUGAAAACGAUGUGCUGCAAACCAAGUUAAGACAGAAACAGCUUUAUGAAACGGAGUAAUAAUAUAAAUUCAAUUUGUUUAUAGAAGAAAAACAGAAAGAAAUGUAGAUCUAAGUAGCUGUUGAAAUAGUAACAAUUUGAAUUAUGAAAAUAUCGUUAUAGUUAUCAAUAUACUUACUAUAGCUUAGAAUAUUUAAUUGGGAU